AUGUCCAAACUAUUUAUUGGGGGUUUACCUGCUGGUUUAAAUAAAGGAGUCAUAUAUAAAGAGCUUUCGAAAUUCGGUCAUAUUGUGGAUUUAUGGAUUGCUAGAAAUCCCCCAGGGUUUGCUUUCGUUCAAUUUGAUAGUUACAGCGACAUGGAGAAAGCCAUGGGCGCUCUAGACGGUUCAACAAUAUUUGGUCCAAAAAUAAAAGUUGAAUUUGCUCGGAGUGGUAAUUUGAAAGCAUCCACGGUCAAUCGACACAGGUCCAGAAAUAAUAGAUCACCUCCUUUGAGUGGAUAUGGCAGUUCCUCCCUCCCUCGUCGUGGUGGACUCUCACCGCCUCCCUCUUCUAAUUAUUACGAUCGCUCCUGUGAUUAUGUUUCCCACCGUGCCCCAGAAAUAUUUAGUGCGGUGCCUUUUUCUGGUUCAACUAAUUUUCCAUUCCAUCCUCCUGUCUAUCCUGACGCUCCUUAUAUAUCCGAUUCGAAUAGAGGCUUGUAUGGUUCAAGGCGAGAAUCAAUCAGGCUUUCGCCAGGCUACCAUCCAAGGAGUCGUAGUCCCGUCGGUCGCGGCAGACGCAAUAGCUAUGAUCGAUACCGAGACGACAGAAAAGAUAAUGGGGGUGGUUCUUAUCGUCGUGAUCGUAGACGUGCAUCGCCCAUGCCGCCACCACCUUUCAGACGAGAGAACUCUCCUCAGCCACCUUAUCGACGUGGUAGGUCCCCACUAGCCUCUUAUAGACAACGUCCCUGUCCUACCUUCCCAUUUUCCUCUUUUGGUGGGGAAAUGGAAUCGGGAGAUCGUUUCCACUAUGGCCAUCGCUCGCCUCUUUCCCGUGAUAUACCGGAUCGUCGGGGAAGACGUUAUUAA